AUGAGUCUUGUUGCUAAGCUGGCGGACAAGUCAGCCACAGAGCUGUUCGAGGAGUUUUCGAUCCAGCAGCUCCAGCAGCUGAAAGGCCAACUUGCCGCUGAUGUCCAUAGUAAGAAGUUGGAACUUCGAACUCUGGUGGGGGACAAUUACAGAGAUCUUUUGAAAGUGGCAGACGACAUUAUCCGGAUGAACGAUCUUGCAGACCAGCAAACCUCGCGUUUAUCUGACUUGACAUACAGAAGGGCGAAGUACGAUGAUAAGAGUUUGCGAAACUUUAACAAGUUCUCUUCUGCCCUCCGGGCCAAUGAUCUGGAAAAAACCAAGUUCCGAAAUCGACAAGUACUGUUGCGGAAUAUUGUCGACCACCUGGAUUUUGGUCUCCAAGUUCUACGAGAAGAGGUCGAGGAGAUGCAAGCAGAAACGCGUAUUUACGAGCAUGACGAUGGUGAAAAUUCGCGCGAGUCUCUUUCGCUGCAGUUCGUCCAACUAGCCAAGCAGUUUUAUCUGACUGAGAGGUUUUUUGGGGACGAGAUGAAGGCGGCAUCGUUCGUGGUGCAGAAGUUUGGCAAAAUGAAGGAGGACUUUUUGCAGGAAUUGCGAACAGAGACGGCAAACUGCACCGGUGAUAGUGACUACGAAUUUGCUCUGCAGUUGCUGGUGUCGUACAUUUUCGUCGCACAAAGCCAGAUCCUCGAGGCUCUUGAAUGGUAUCUCAAUGUGCGCUAUGACAAAGUGAAACAAUUUGAACUGAAGCAUGAGUUACACAAUUGUCUGAACUAUAUUUACAACACGCUCAGUUACCUCACGGUGUUCUGCUCGAAGCUUCCUACAUCCCUGAUGCGCCAAGUACACAGCUCAGCAAACUCAAAUUGGGUCGCCAACACAGGAUUCAGGAAAUAUUCGCGCUGGCUUGAUAUACCCGCAAAUUACAAGGUGGACUUCCCUCUUUCGUUGCAUGAGCUGAAAAAUGUUUCGGAAAAGGAAGUGGACAGGAUCGGUGAAAAAUGGAAAAUCGACGUGGGUGCUUAUCUCAACCGACAAAUUAGCACUGACUUUCUUCAGUCGGAGGAUCUCGAAGUACUUUCUUCCUCGCUCAGCAAAGUGCUUCAUUCAUUCAAGCGAUUUACUUCAUUGGUGGCCAUCAAGUACGAAGAUUCGAGACUCGUGGAUAACCUACUCUCUGCGUGGAAGUCGAUCUUCUUUAAAUAUUUGGAGAACAGUGUUGGGAAGUUCCAGAGCAUUUCGAGUUUGAUCUUGCAAACUUAUAAUAGCACUGAGGUUUUGCAAUCGACUCGCACUUCGUCUGGAUUGAACCUGUUCCAGUACACCGAUCUCACCGACAUUGAUCUCUAUCUCUCCCAAAUCUCAAAUCCAUCUUUGUACGCGAUUGAUGCCGUUGUGACGCAGCUUGGACAGUUCAAGCUGACUCUUGUAAUGGUGCUGGACUCGCUUCAAGGUUUGUCCAAAUUGUCAUCUUUUUUGACAAAACAAGUGUUGUCCAUCGACGAUUGCGAGGAUGAUGAGUAUUGGAAAAAGACGGCCACCUAUAUCGACGGCUUAGUCGAUGAAGGUAUCUGCUUUGUGAUAGAUCAGCUCAACAAACUUAUCACCGACUUCUUGAAGGAAUUCGGAAAACUAGUUGAUUCGGGAGAGUCUAGACCACUUAAGCAUUUCUACACCAUUCGAGUUUUAUAUCAGCUGAGGGAAAACAUCGACAUCAACACGAUUUACGAACAGUUCAAGCGCAUCUCUGUUUCUGCACAGAACUUCCAGACUUUGGAUUUGUCCCGAAUGGUCGAUGAGCUGCUACGAAAAAUAUUCAAACCCCUGGUGGAGAACAUUGCCUCGCCGUUCAAAUACGAGAUGAAACAGAUGAUACAGAACAGACCUGCUGAGGAGUAUGCCGAGGUUGCUCUCUGGACAUCCAAUGAUUCUGGCAUUCCAGUCCCGAACGCGCCUUCCUUUGAAUUGGAAAACCUCCUUUACAGAUUGAGCUGUAGUCUCACUAAUGUUGCUGAAAAUCCAAGCGAGGAUUUCAGCGAUGUUUAUUUCAGUGACACUUUUGCAGAAGCCAAAGUGGCGCUCGUGGACGACCUGAUCGACUGUCUUGAAACUGAAGAACAAAAGCAUGAUAACAACAUAGACCAGAAAGAACGGCCAGAAGAGCAGGAUCUCCCUGAAGACGGCAUGGAGUCAGCUACAGAAAGGUCUGUGAAUCUAAAUGCUCAGCAAAAGCAAUCUAUCGACUCUAAAACUAUAGCACUGCUGACUUUUGCAGACCUUGUGUUUCUGAAUUGCUUCAAAACGAUUCCACUUUCGGAGACCGCGCUGCUAGAUCAAGUGCAAAACGGCGGGUCGAAAAGACAAGUUGACAAACUAGCAGAGAUCAACCCCUAUCUUGCUGAGCAAGCAUGCAUUCAGAACAUCUGCAAGAGUGUCCUGGAUCACUUCAAAGGAUGCAUGUUGAUGUUCGGUCCGUUGUACUGA